UGGAUCCUUAUUUUAUUCAAGGGGCUAUGAUCUGUUGCCCUCAUUUCUAACGCUGAUGCUCAAAACGUCCAGAUUUGACCCGUGGGAGCCCUGUGGGAGCCCUUCAAGCUCGCUCUGUGCCCUUCCACCUGUUCUCAUCAUUUUUUUAGUAUUUCCUUACUUUCUGACCCCCAAAAUGUUCCAAGAUCAUCUUGUAUAUUCCCUGUCCCACUACUCCUUGAAUCAGUCAUUUUCUCAAGGGAGAAAAGAGUGUACUUCUGAAGGCAGGAGGCUGACCCUCUCAGCCCUGAAUGAGCCCCUCGGACUCUGAUUUCUACAAGACUGGGCAGAGUGUACUGCGGAGGUAAUGCUCUAACGGUUGCCAUGGAGACCGCUGGGCCUCGGAGCAGCAGGCGGUGACGUCACUGCGGGAGCUAGUGCAGUGAGCGGCCGCAUCCAUGUCUCGGCCAGGCCACAGGGCGGUGAGGGUAGCCUUUGGGCCAGUGGCAAAGAAUGAGCCUUCCUAUCUGCUGGACACCCACCCACGAUACCCCAGUGGCAGCACCCCGGAAUGAUCAGCAGUCCCAGAUCUGCUAAGACUGCCAGAUCCUGCAAGACCUUUGAAGACCACUGCCAAGAAUGAGGGAGCAGCAUCUGCAGACCCUUCACGGUGCGGCCUGGCCUGGGACUCAGGAUCCCCCAGACGGCUGGCAGACACCCACCAGCUGCAUCACACUGUUUAAGUCCCUAGGAAUUCCCAAGCGCCCCCUUGGAGGAAGACUACAGAAGGCUGGACGCGUGCACCCCUAUGGGCAGGGCCAAGGGCAUCUCUGACCAAGGUGGACAAACUGGGCCCUCUGAGGCCUCUCCUUUCACCUUUGAGCGUGGCAUCAUGGAUAACUUUUUGGAUUCCCGAGGCAGCUCAGGUGUGCACCAGCAGGCAUACUUUCCCCUCGGAGAGCUGGGCAAGAUGUUGUUUGGGGGCAAGGACAUUGCACUGUUGGAGCAUGGAUGCCAGGCCCUUGAGGUGAACAGUUACAAGUCCCUGAUGGUCCGGGGUAUCCCGGAAGACUGCAAUCAUGAGAACUUUGAAGAGAUCAUAAGCCCCCUGCCCCAACCCUAAAACUUUGAAGUGGCUGGGAAGGCCUUUGUGGAAGAAGAGAGCUCUAGGGCAGCCACCUUUAGGCUGGCUGAGGACAUCAAUUACGCCGUGAUCCCCGGGGAAAUCAAGGGCAAGGGCAGAACUUGGAGCGUGGUCUACAUGCCCCAGAAGCAGUUCCUGACCAAGCUGACCCUCUUCCUGCAGAGCGAGGGCGGGACGGUGGAGGAUGUGUCCGGGGUCUUGAGACAGGAACUGCGUCACAGUGAUGGCCCCAGAGAGCUUCCUGCCAGGAAGUGCUAUGUGUAGGGGCCAGGGAAGAAGCCGGGGGCUGGGGCCACCGACUGGGUGGUCGAAGUGCCACCUCUGGACUCCCCAGAGAAGGAGAGCAAGGCUGGAGGUGGCAAGAAAGGCAAGGGGAAGCACAAGAAAAACCGUCGACAGCAUCACGCAUCUAACAAGGAGCUGUGAGGUGACCUGGGGUGGGCAUGGGGGUGGCUGAGUGAGGCUGGGAAUCAGCUGAGUGAGUAUGGGUAGCGACUUGGGAAGGCGGGUACCCUCUAAGUAAAUUUGGGGAAUGUGAGUAGUGUGGAUGAUGCGGUGAGGAUGGGUAUCAUUCAAGAGAGUGGGUAACUUUUGAGUAAGAAUGGGUAACAUUUGACUAGUGUGAGUGAAGGUGGAUAUUUUUAUCUGAGUGAACUUGUGUGUGACAUCUGAGUGGGUGCGGUUAACAGCUAGUUGAGUGGGGAUCACUGGUCCAUUCAUUCAUUCACUCUACAGGUGUGUAUUGCACACCUACCAUGUCUCAGGAACUGUUCUAGAAGCUGGGGAUACAGAACUGAGCAUAUCCAACACAAGGUUCUACCCCUCCUGCUGCUGCUGCUGCUG